AUGUCAGUUUUACCGACUGAUGAUGAGACUAAAGCCUACGAUAAGUGGGUUAAGAUUGAUAAGAUGGAAAGAUGCUAUAUUCUUACCGCCAGGGCAAAUUUGUUGCAGCAUCAACAUCAAUCCAUAAAUACUUCUUACGAUAUGCUUGAAUCCCUCAAAGAGAUGUUUGGUGAGAAAAAUCGUGUUGCAAAGCAGACGUCCAUGAAAGCUCUUUUGAUCACAAAAAUGGUUGAAGAGAUUUUUGUGGGCAAAUAUGUUCUUAAAAUGAUGAGUCUGUUGAACAAACUGGAAAUUCUUGGUAUGGUUUUUGAUAAAGAAUCUCAGGUUGAGAUGGUUCCACAGACUCUGCCGGACAGUUUUUAG